AGAAUACUUCAGAAAAAAAAAAACCCCACGUUCGGCCCUUCUCAUUCUCCAAAUGAAGAAGUUCUCAACCCUAAGAAUCCUUCACCAUCGUCAUUCUCUUCUCAAUCUUAAUCCCAAUCUCAAUCUAAAUCCUUCCUUCUCCGUCUGCUUCAAUUUCAAUUUCGCUACCAUUCCCCAAUCUCAGUCCUUCGUUGUCUCCUACCUCGUCUCCACCUGCGGCUUCUCCCCGGAAUCCGCCCUCUCCGCCUCUCGCUACCUCCGUUUCAAGAGUUCUCAGAAGCCCGACUCCGUUAUAGCUUUCCUCUCUGCGCAUGGCUUCUCCGUCUCUCAAAUCCACACCGUCGUCAAACGGGAAAGUCGCAUCCUCCAGUGCAACCCCGACAAAGUCCUCCUCCCCAAGUUCCAGUUCCUCCGCUCCAAAGGCGCCUCCUCUGCCGACAUAAUCCACAUGAUCACCGCCGGACCCCGAUUCCUCUUAGGCAGCCUCAACAACAACAUUGUCCCCGCCUAUCACUUGGUCAGAAGUUUCAUCGACUCUGACAAGCAAGUCAUAACCUGUCUCAGGCGAAACUUCUCCUCCAUUGCCGACAGUCGCGUAUCUCCCAACGUCCAACUUCUCCUCGAUAAUGGCGUCAAACGGUCCAGCAUCGCUAUGAUGCUCUCCAUGCGGUCCUCUAUCCUCUGCUCCUAUAAGCUGUCCCACACAAUUUGUGAACUGAAAGAAAUGGGGUUUGACACUUCGAAAACCACCUUCGCCGUGGCCAUGAUGGCCAAAAGGACUGUGAAUAAAGCCAAGUGGGUUGAGAAGGUUGAGGUUUUUAAGAAGUGGGGGUGGUCGGAGGAGCAUGUGCUUGAGGCGUUUAAGAAGCUUCCUUAUUGCAUGUUGAACUCCCAAGAGAAGAUUGAUGCCGUAUUUAGCUUCUGGGUUGAGGUGUCAGGGUAUAGCUCUUUGGAGCUUGUUAAGUAUCCUGUUAUUUUUCAGCUGAGUCUCCCUAAGAGGAUUGUUCCCAGGUCUUUGGUUCUGAAGUUUCUUGAGAAGGAAGGAUUGAGGAAAAAGGGUGCAAGCUAUGCCACGCCUCUACUCCCCAAGGAGAAUGUGUUUCUGAAGAAGUUUGUCUAUGCUUUUGAAAACCAUUCUUCUCAGUUGUUGAAGAUAUAUCAGAAAAGUAUGAACCAAGGGAAUACUACAGAGGAGAGUAGAACAAUCAUGUCAACAUUUUAAUUCAUUUUAUUUUUUACUUUUUCACUGUUUUUCAAUUUUUAAGGAAUUAAUUAGGUUUCUUAAUUUUAAUUCAUGCAUUUUAUUUCA